AUGAGACUUCACGGUCAUUAUCUCAAUGGCCGCUCUGAUGUGCUACAAUUGGCAGGGACGCAGGCGGCAGGGGGUGCCGGAGAAGAAAGCCGGCGUUUCAUGUGGAAAGCUGGAAGUAAACAAGAAAAUGAAUUCCACAGCACAACACAGCCUCUUUGUAUCUUCAAAACGGUGCGACUGGAAGCAGGCCAGCCACGUCGAAAGUUUGGCCAUUUGUGUCAUCAGGGCCCUGGUACUGAUGGAAGCUUUGAUUACAGCUUGGAUCCGGCGCAGAGACCUUUCAUGGACAACCACUCAGCAAAUAAAGGCAUUGAUAGCCUUAAAUUGGAAUGUGAGAAACUGGCAAGCGAAAAGACAGAAAUGCAGAGGCACUAUGUGAUGUAUUAUGAAAUGUCAUAUGGAUUAAACAUUGAAAUGCACAAACAGACAGAAAUCGCCAAGAGAUUAAAUACAAUUUGUGCACAAGUCAUCCCAUUUUUGUCUCAGGAACAUCAGCAGCAAGUGGCCCAAGCUGUAGAACGUGCCAAACAAGUGACCAUGGCUGAGCUGAAUGCCAUCAUCGGGCAGCAGCAGUUGCAGGCUCAACAUCUCUCCCAUGGCCAUGGACCUCCAGUGCCUCUAACACCGCAUCCAUCAGGUCUUCAGCCUCCUGGAAUCCCUCCGCUUGGAAGCAGUGCUGGUCUUCUUGCCCUUUCUAGUGCUUUGGGUGGGCAGUCUCACUUGGCAAUAAAAGAUGACAAGAAGCAUCACGAUGCAGAACACCACAGAGAGAGAGAGCCAGGCACAAGUAAUUCUCUGUUGGUCCCGGACAGCCUGCGGAACACAGAUAAACGCAGAAAUGGGCCUGAAUAUGCCAAUGACAUCAAAAAGAGAAAGGUGGAUGAUAAGGAUUCCAGCCACUAUGACAGUGAUGGGGACAAGAGUGACGAUAACUUGGUUGUAGAUGUAUCCAAUGAGGAUCCAUCCUCUCCACGGGCAAGUCCUGCUCAUUCGCCACGCGAAAAUGGUAUAGAUAAAAACCGCCUCAUGAAGAAGGAUGCCUCUAGCAGUCCAGCAUCUACAGCCUCUUCAGGAAGUUCCACUUCUUUGAAAUCCAAAGAAAUGAGUUUGCAUGAAAAAGCCAGCACGCCUGUUCUGAAAUCCAGCACACCAACUCCUAGAAGUGAUGUGCCAACCCCGGGCACUAGUGCAACUCCAGGACUUCGUCCAGGCCUCGGCAAGCCUCCAGCAAUGGACCCUCUGGUCAACCAAGCUGCUGCAGGUUUGCGGACACCUUUGGCAGUUCCCGGACCCUACCCUGCUCCGUUUGGAAUGGUACCUCAUGCUGGCAUGAAUGGAGAGCUAACCAGUCCAGGGGCAGCCUAUGCCAGCCUGCACAAUAUGUCCCCCCAGAUGAGUGCUGCUGCAGCUGCAGCUGCUGUGGUUGCUUAUGGAAGAUCUCCUAUGGUUGGGUUUGAUCCACCUCCUCACAUGAGAGUACCUGGAAUCCCUCCAAAUCUAGCAGGGAUUCCUGGGGGAAAACCAGCGUACUCCUUUCACGUUACCGCAGAUGGUCAGAUGCAGCCUGUACCCUUCCCUCCUGAUGCCCUCAUCGGUCCAGGAAUCCCUCGCCAUGCCCGUCAGAUCAACACUCUGAACCACGGGGAAGUCGUGUGUGCAGUUACUAUCAGCAACCCCACGAGACACGUGUACACGGGUGGGAAGGGGUGCGUCAAAGUCUGGGAUAUCAGUCACCCUGGCAACAAGAGCCCUGUCUCUCAGCUGGACUGCCUGAACAGAGAUAACUACAUCCGCUCUUGUAAAUUGCUGCCUGAUGGAUGCACCCUCAUAGUUGGUGGGGAAGCCAGCACAUUGUCCAUAUGGGACCUGGCAGCACCAACUCCUCGUAUAAAAGCAGAACUGACAUCUUCAGCCCCUGCCUGCUAUGCUCUGGCUAUCAGCCCUGACUCCAAGGUGUGCUUUUCCUGCUGCAGUGAUGGGAACAUAGCAGUGUGGGAUCUGCACAAUCAGACAUUGGUCAGGCAAUUCCAGGGCCACACAGAUGGAGCCAGCUGUAUUGACAUUUCUAAUGACGGUACCAAGCUCUGGACGGGAGGUUUGGACAACACUGUCAGAUCCUGGGACUUGCGAGAGGGGAGACAGCUACAACAGCAUGACUUCACAUCACAGAUAUUUUCCCUUGGUUAUUGUCCUACUGGUGAAUGGCUAGCUGUGGGAAUGGAGAGCAGUAAUGUAGAAGUGCUGCAUGUAAAUAAACCAGACAAGUAUCAACUGCACCUUCACGAGAGCUGUGUAUUGUCCCUCAAGUUUGCUUACUGUGGUAAAUGGUUUGUGAGUACUGGGAAAGAUAACCUCCUUAAUGCGUGGAGAACUCCUUAUGGAGCUAGUAUCUUCCAGUCCAAAGAAUCUUCAUCAGUACUUAGCUGUGACAUCUCUGUGGAUGAUAAAUACAUAGUCACUGGCUCUGGAGACAAAAAAGCUACAGUCUAUGAAGUUAUCUACUGAAAAAUUUAAUGGGGAUAUAACUUUUAAAAGUUGAACUGGGCCAAAAUUGCUCUUAAUUGUAGAAGUAGAAAGGUUUUGCCUUGUAAAAAGGAGCGAAAAAUUGGGGAUACAGACCUUGCCAUGAAACUACUCCGAUUAUUCAAAAAUAGAAGGCAACAUCCAGCAACUAAAUCUUGGCUACGUGGACCAAACAACACAAAGGCGAGCAGGACAGAUGUAGCCUAGAUUUUUGACAUAGUUUUUAAAAAAUGAAUCUGCUGAAGAAUGAUGGAGCCUUUUAUUUUUCUUUUUCUUUGUGACCUCAUGCAAAUCCUUCUCAUUGCCUGAAUUUGUGGGAUUACAUUCUGUUCCUUGCAGUUCAAUUUGCAUUCUGUCUUAUGUAGAGCAGUGGUGUCGCGAAUUAACUUGUUUCCUGGUUUUGCAUCUUGUGAUAUGUUUUUGUAUUUUGUUGAAGGUCAAACAUUUGUAUAAAUUGUAAAUAUAUUUAGUUUAUUACGGUAAAGGCUUUAGUAUCAACAACCAGUCUUUCCUUCCCCUGCCACUCCCUGCUUAUUAAGUGAUCUAUUUAAAAACCUUUGGGGAUAAAAAAUUACCUUUUUAUAAGCAAAAGCAAACACUAUGUAUAGUUUGAAAAUGGUGUCUUAUUCUUUAUAGCUCUUCUUAGACUUCCUUACUGUACUUCAAAGUAGUCAAUUGGUAUAUUAGAGUAUAAAAUCCAGUAGGUAUUGUCUUGUGCUGCAGAAAACUUAAGAAGCAAUUUUGUACUAAUUUUAGUGUACAUACAAAAAAUGAACAUUUCAUAAAAUUGUGCAGUUUAUAAGUUUA